GGUCUAAGAAACGUUCAGAAAGAUAGCUACAAGGUCGGUGUACAAGCCCAUAAAAUUGACCAGAAGAUAAGGAAAAUCUGGAAAUUUCUGACAGACCUUAUCUUGAAGGCUUUUCAAGGCUGCUUUUGGGCAGCAAGUUGAGGGGAUUUUUAGAAGAUCUUUAUACACUCUUAAAGAUCAACAUCAAGGCUGUUAUCUUGUUAAAAAUCACAUUCAAAGCUAAAAUGAAACCGAGUUAAAAGAAGGGCUAAAAAGGCAAUCCUAAGUGAGGCAGAUAAGGAAGUCACCUUCCUUAUCUCUUGGCAGAUUGUUUUGAGGCUUCUUGGGGAUCCUUUGUUGAGUUAUACACGUUUUAUAUGAGCUGUUAGCAUGUUUUAUAUCAGCUGUAAAGGAUCUACAAGUCAAAGAAUUCAGCCUAAGAAGAGAAAAUCAAAUAGAACAAGUAAACAAGCUUGGCCUAAUUGCAAGAGUGCCCUUGAAACUUGCAACUCCUACAUAAAGGGGCCUCCUUCCAUGUUUUAUAAAUAGAGUGACCAACCACAUACAGACCAUAUCACAUAAAAAAGAACCAGAGACACACCAAAGAAGAAGAAGAAGAAGAAGAAGCAAGACUGCAAAAUCACACCAGAGACGAUCGAUCACUGUUUCUCAAAGAUCGAUCAUUGAUCGUAUUUUUCCCAAUUUCUGAUUUUUGUUGUCUUCCUUUCUCAUGAACUCCUUUGUGUUUUUGAUUCCAAUUAUGUGUAACUAAAUUUCCAGUAGCUAGGGAGCUGUUGAAGCCCCUAGACAUGAUCCAUAACAUGCUUUGAUUUUCGGUUUGUUUUCAAUUAAUAAAGUUGAGGUUUUGUUUACCAAUUUCUCAUUGAUGAAUUCUAUGUUUGUAUGCUUUGGAGGACUACUUAGUAUGCAUGCUAGGGUUCUAAUACUUUGAUGGUUUGAUGCCUGGAUCAAUAGUUGGAUUCCUCAAAUUAUCUAGAGAAGUAAUUGGUAGUUUUCACUAGCAAGUAAACAAAAUCCUAGGUUUAGCAAGGCUCUAAGUUAUUUGCGAUGCCUAGUGAUUGCUCAAACUCUUUUCAAACUUAAUGAUCUCUGCAUGUUUAAUCUAAUAAACGUACCUUUAGGUUGCAUUGCUUGGGAAUAGUCUAGGUGUAGAGCACUUCCUGCCUAGCGUACAAGGUAAGAAAGAGUAAUAGGUUGUGUUCAAGCGUACCGAGCCAAUCUGAGUAUCUUCAACUAAGUUAAUUGGUGAUAAAUUGGACAAAGUGUGUUGUGUGUUAUUGUUGGGGGUGGAUACUUCCUUCCUAGCUAGUUUCAUUAUCUUGAUCUCAACCAACUUCAAAUCUGCUUCAAUUUCAUUUUUCUUUCUGUUCUCUGUUUUUCUGUAUUUUAUUUCCAUAGCAAAUCAACUCCAAAAUUCACCAAAUUUUGUGUGCUAGACUCUUUACGUGUGUAGUAUAUCUCUGUAAAUUUUCGUAUUUUUCUGGGUUGUUUUAGUUAGGUUUUUAGUUUGUUUUUCUACUGCGGUUCAGUAGGAGCUGCAGUCACGUUUUUGUGACUUUUGUUGAAGCCUUUAGUUUAUCUUAAUCCUCUGCGGGAGACCCUUAUUUCCCUAUAUUACAAUCGACAUAUUUGCAGGAGAAUAAGGAAAAUCAAUAGCUUUAAAAAGAGCUAUCAAUUUUUGGCGCCGUGUCGCCGGGGAUUACUUUUAUUCUAAUUGCUUCUACUAGUUUGUCUAAUUUGAUUUUUGUGUUAGUUUCUUACUUAGUUUUUCUUUGUUUGUGUUUUCAGGUGUAUGCUUACUCGUAGCACUGCACAAGGCAAUCUUACCCCCUUGGAUUCAGAAAUAGAACGCACUUACAAGUCGAAUAGAAAGCAAACGAAGGACACUAGUUUGCCAAUUGACGACACAACGGCGGGUUCUACUUCCUCACAAGGGGAGGAACACGGGAAAACUCCACCAAACUCACCUGCACGUUCAAUUCACGAGGACGAAAAGGAACCCCCAAUCCUCGCCAUGGUUGAACCAAAGCCAUUGAAGGAUGCUUUUGUUCCUACAGCUUCGGAGUCCCCCUCAUGCAUAGCUUACACACCACCGGGCAAUCAGGCCUUCUCCAUUCCUAUGCAGCUCCUUAACUCGUUGCCUAAGUACUCGGGCACGCCAUCUGAGGAUCCUAAUGUUCACAUUAGAGAAUUCUUGGAUAUUUGCAAGCUGCAAACCAUUCAGAACAUCCAACCAGAAGGACUCAGGUUACUUCUAUUUCCCUUUUCUUUAAAAGAUGAUGCAAAACGUUGGUUAUACUCGUUACCUGCAGGUAUCAUCACAACUUGGGAUGAAAUGGUGAAGAAGUUUUUGAAACAAUACUUCCCUGCUCAAUUGACCAAACGAUUAAGGAGGGAGAUUCAGAACUUCACUCAAAAGGAUGGAGAUACACUAUAUGAGGCAUGGGAGGAAUUUCAAGAGUUGCAGAGGAAGUGUCCCCAUCACAACUUCAGUCUGAAUGACCUUGUCCAAUUUUUCUAUGAUGGAUUGGACAUAACUAAUAGGGGCAGUGUUGAUUCUGCAUGUGGAGGUACUUUCAUGAAUAAAACAGGUCAAGAAGCAUAUAAUCUGAUUGAUGAUUUGGCCGACAACAAUAGACAAUUCUACACAAGAGAUAAACGUAUAAGAGGACGUGGAGUGUAUGAAGUUGAUUCAAGGAACCAAAUGGUGGCAGUGGAAAGAAAACUCGACAUGCUAAUGAAUGCCUUGGGCAAUGGCAUUAAGGCAACACCUCAGGUAUGUUCUAUUUGUUCCUAUUCUGAUCAUACUACUGAUAAAUGUCCUUUGUCUUCUUUGUCUGAAGAACAGGUGAAUUAUAUGGGGCAACAAAGGCCUAAAUACGACCCUUACUCGAACACGUACAAUCCGGGAUGGAAGGAUCACCCUAACUUCCGUUGGAGCGGCAAUGACAACGUGGUUCGACCCACCCAAGGUGUCUACAAUGGACCACCUGGAUUCCAACAAGGGGCUAGGCAGCAAAUCUAUCAACAAGCUCCCCCUCAACAAACCUCAAGCAAGUCUUUGGAAGAACUAGUCAAGGAGAUGACCAUAAACACCAAUGUCUUCAUCCAAGAAACAAGAUCUCAACUCAAGGAGCAUGGUCAAUCUAUCAAGAACUUGGAAAGGCAGGUUGGGCAACUUGCAACAGACAUGCACACUAGACUUCCUGGCACCCUCCCUAGCACAACAAUUCAAAAUCCUAAGGAUGGACGUAUGGCUGAGCUCAAUGCAAUCACUUUAAGGAGUGGUACACAAUUGGAAAAAGCUUCUGCGCAUCAAAGGGCACCCAUGAAAGGUCAAGAAGAAAAGGAGGAGCAAAGAAAUAUGGAGGAAGAGAAAAUCAAUCAUUUUGGGGCUGAUCAGAAUGUUCAUGCUUUUUCUCCUCCAAAGGUAAAAGAUCCUACUCCUCCUAAGUUGGUUACUUCAUGUAUUCCUUUUCCUCGCAGGUUCAUGAGCUCUAAGAAAGAUCAAGAAGAGAAGGAUGUCUUGGAAACUUUCCGUAAAGUCCAAGUUAACAUUCCUCUCUUGGAUGCUAUAAACCAAAUACCACGAUACGCCAAAUUUCUCAAGGAGCUUUGUACCAAUAAAAGGAAGUACAAGGAGAAGGAAACCAUUGCUUUAAGUGAAGAAGUGUCCGCUGUGCUCCUAAGAAAGUUACCUCUAAAAUUGAAGGACGCCGGGAGGUUUACAAUCCCUUGCACAAUUGGGGAUAAAAGGUUCGGUAAGGCUUUAUUAGACUUGGGUGCUUCAAUUAAUCUAAUGCCUUUUUCUGUUUAUGAGUCUUUGAACCUAGGUGAACUCAAGCCUACACCAAUAACUAUCCAAUUAGCGGAUCGCUCAAUAGUUCUUCCUAAGGGACUUGUGGAGGAUAUGCUCGUCCAAGUUAAUCAUUUGAUAUUUCCCGCGGAUUUCUUUGUACUUGACAUGGAGCCCGAGCCUGUGCCUUAUGACCUACCUCUUAUUCUUGGCCGGCCAUUCUUAAGAACCGCUCGCACAAAGAUAGAUGUCUUCGAAGGAACCUUAACAAUGGAAUUCGAUGGAGAUGUUAUAAGCUUCAAUAUCUUUGAAGCUAUGAGGUACCCUUGUGACGUUCAUUCCUGUUUUUCUAUUGAUACUCUUGAAUUUUUAGUGCAGGACACCUUUGAUGCAAGUGUGGGGGAAGACCCACUCAAGAAAACAUUGGAAAUCGGUUUAAACUCCCAGCAGCAAUCGACCGCAGGGAAUGCAGCGAUCGAUUAUUUGUCGUCUGCCAUAAAAGUUGCUGCUUCAUCUUCCAUGGUUUUCAACGAAGAAUUGCGGGAAUUAGCUGCUAUCCUUGAUGCUCCACCUUAUAUCCCAGCUAAGUUUAGUUCUAAAUUCAUUCACCUUCCACUAACUGAUGAAAAACUUGUUCCUUCUAUUGUUCAGGCACCCAAAUUAGAACUCAAACCAUUGCCCGAACACUUAAAGUAUGUUUUCUUGGGAGAGAAUGAGACAUUACCCGUCAUCAUUGCAGCCAACCUUUCUGUGAUUGAGGAAGAAAAAUUGGUGAGAGUUCUAAGGGAACACAAGUCAGCAAUUGCAUGGAGUAUAGUGGAUAUAAAAGGAAUAAGCCCUUCCAUGUGUAUGCACCGAAUUCUCUUAGAAGAAGGCACCAAACCAUCAAGAGAGGCUCAAAGACGUCUCAACCCACCUAUGAUGGAGGUAGUAAAGAAGGAGGUCCUUAAACUCCUUGAUGUGGGCAUCAUUUAUCCCAUCUCUGAUAGCCAAUGGGUGAGUCCAGUCCAAGUUGUACCUAAACGUUCUGGCAUCACAGUUGUGAAGAACGAAGACAAUGAGUUGAUUCCUACCCGAGUUCAAACCGGUUGGAGAGUUUGCAUUGAUUACCGCAAACUCAACACUACUACACGUAAGGACCAUUUUCCUUUACCUUUUAUUGAUCAAAUGUUGGAAAGACUUGCAGGUCAUGCAUAUUAUUGUUUCUUGGAUGGAUACUCCGGUUACAAUCAAAUUGCCAUUCAUCCGGAAGAUCAGGAAAAGACAACUUUCACAUGUCCUUUUGGGACAUUCGCUUACCGGAGGAUGCCUUUUGGCCUAUGCAAUGCCCCUGCAACAUUCCAAAGGUGCAUGAUGAGCAUAUUUUCUGAUAUGGUUGAAAAGAUCAUCGAGGUCUUCAUGGACGAUUUUUCUCUCCACGGUGACUCUUUUGAUUCUUGUCUAUUUAAUCUAUCUUUAGUUCUUAAAAGAUGUCAAAAAACUAACCUUGUUUUAAACUGGGAAAAAUGUCAUUUUAUGGUACAACAAGGUAUAGUUUUGGGUCAUAUUAUAUCUGCUAAAGGGAUAGAAGUAGACAAAGCAAAGAUAGAUCUUGUACGUUCUUUACCACCUCCCACAUCUGUGAAGGAGGUGCGGUCUUUUCUUGGCCAUGCAGGUUUCUAUCGACGCUUCAUCAAGGAUCAUUCAAAGAUCACAAGACCUUUAUGUCGACUACUUCAAAAAGAUGUACCUUUUGUCUUCGAUAAGGAGUGCAUGGAGGCAUUUGAAAAGCUAAAGAAGAUGUUGACCGAGGCCCCUAUUAUCAUGCCACCAGAUUGGAAUCUUCCUUUUGAGCUCAUGUGUGAUGCAUCUGAUUAUGCCGUAGGAGCUGUUUUGGGGCAAAGGGUUGAAAAGAUCCCUCAUGUUAUUUACUAUGCGUCAAGGACACUGAACGAUGCCCAGCUCAACUACUCCACCACAGAAAAAGAAUUAUUAGCCGUUGUUUUUGCUUUAGAAAAAUUUCGUUCAUAUCUUUUGGGCACUAAAGUUAUUGUUUUCUCUGAUCAUGCAGCCCUUAGGUACCUACUUACAAAGAAGGAAGCAAAGCCUCGAUUAAUUAGAUGGAUUCUCCUCCUUCAAGAGUUCGACUUGGAGAUCAAAGACAAGAAAGGAUGUGAGAAUGUGGUGGCUGAUCAUUUGAGUAGACUUGUGCAUAGUUCAAAGGAGGAAGAAGAUGCACUACAUUUGAAGGAAACCUUCCCGGAUGAGCAAUUGUUUGAAGUACAAGAAUUGGGAUCAGAAGGAAAAAUGAACGAUCGUACUUUGGAACCAUGGUUCGCAGACAUCGUAAAUUACAAGGCCACCAAGCUAAUUCCAGACAAAUUCACUCGAGCUCAAAAAGGAUAAGUUGAUU